AUGGACAGACCAUGGAAAGAAUUUUUGAAGUCUGGCAUCAUCUUGCUGUCCUUGAGUCUGUUUGUCUACAUAUUUUAUCACAUCGACUUUCUGGAGUUUCAGACAACACCGAAGCCUCCAUUCAAGAUCAAAAGAGUUUCCAGUGAUCCAGGCUCUAAUCGAAACUACUGCACCUUCCGACCUUUGUCUCCCGAGGAGAUUCAAGAGGAAAACAUCCUUUUAGAUUCCAUAUCUUGGCCAAACACUCGAUCUAAGUCAACUUCUGUGUCCCUGCAAGGUACCAGCAAUGCAGCCCGCAGCAAUUUUGUCAUUCUCCCAAGGCCAGGAGGUGGAUCGUGGCUCGUGGGGGAUCAGCUGGAGGUCAUGAUCAACAUGUUUGACUUUAAGGGCCGUCCCAAGACUCAUGGAGGAGAUUUCUUACUGACUCGGCUGCACAACCAGGCACUUGAAGCAGGUGUGGCAGGUCAAGUAGUGGAUCAUCUCAAUGGCACCUACUCUGCUGUGUUCUCCUUACCCUGGGAAGGAAAGUCAGAGGUUGAGGUAACUCUGGUACAUCCCAGUGAAGCAAUCCCAUUCCUGCAGAGUUUUGCCGGUGAAAAGCCUAAUGGAGUGGAUUUCUACAGCACUUUUCAAUCAGGCUCGCUGACUCAGACUACCAUAUGCAGCGGGUGCCUGCCUCCAACCCAGCAGCCACAGUGUAACUACACUGACCUCAAUACAGGUGAGCUGUGGUUCUGCUACAAGCCAAAGAAUCUGAGCUGUGAUGCCAGGAUCAGCCACUUCGUCAGAAAACCAAAACCCCGAAAGGCCAAGGAGGACAUCUUCUUCAAAAGUGGUGUCACCAUGAACGUUGGCAUUCCAGCUUCAGGACCUGCUCAUGUCACUGUGUUUCCAAAAAUGAAAGGUCAACUUGCAACGAACAGCAACAAGGACAUACCUGGACCUGCUGGUUACUAUUACAAAGGUCUGUGGAGUUCACUGAGUGGCUCCACAGUUAAACGGUUCAAUAGUGCCUCUGCCAUCAGCCAGUGCCUCAAAGACAAGGUGGUUCACAUGUAUGGAGACUCUACAGUCAGGCAGUGGUUAGAAUUCCUCUCUGGAGAACUAUCAGAUCUCAAGGUAUAUAACCUGCACAAGUUGAAGCAGUCUGGACCUUACGUGGCACUGGACUAUGCCAAAAACAUCUUUGUGACGUACCGCUGCCAUGGCCUUCCUGUUCGUAUGGCCCGUUCACCAGUUACAGAGCUACAUUAUGUUGCCAAUGAACUCAAUGGAGUAACUGGAGGGAAGAACACAGUAGUAGUUUUUGGUGUCUGGGCACAUUUUACCACUUUCCCCAUCAAGUACUACAUCCGUCGAAUAAUGAGCAUCCGCAAGGCAGUUGUUCGACUGUUAGCCAGAGCUCCAGCUACAAAAAUUAUUAUUCGGACAGCAAACCUAAAAAGGGUUUCAACUCCCCUUUCAGCACUGGUUGGUGGUGACUGGCUUUCACUGCAACGUGACAAGAUACUCAGGACCAUGUUUAAGGGAAUGGAUGUUUAUUUCGUGGAUGCCUGGGAGAUGACUGUGGCUCACUAUCUCAAGCAUGACAUCCACCCACCCCGUCCCAUCAUUAAGAAUAUGAUUGAUGUUGUUUUGUCAUAUAUUUGCCCUUGA